GUGGCUGCCGGACGGACCGGACCGCGAGGCCGCUGGGCGGCGGUCGGCUCCUGCUGUCGUUGUCCUGAGACCCCGCGCACCUGGCCAGGCCCCUGGCCCCAACAUGGCUCGUCGCUCCCAGAGCUCCUCCCAGGGAGACAACCCACUGGCACCAGGGUACCUGCCACCUCACUACAAAGAGUACUAUCGCCUGGCAGUGGACGCACUGGCUGAGGGCGGGCCAGAGGCCUAUAACCGCUUCCUGGCAUCGGAGGGGGCACCUGCCUUCCUGUGCCCUGAAGAACUGGACCAUGUGAGCCGCCACCUUCGGCCCCCACAGCAUGUCACCCAAGAGCCCCCCGAAGGCAGCCCUCCCAACGUGGACAUGGAUGGCUCUUCGGGUACCUACUGGCCCGUGAACUCAGACCAAGCAGUGCCUGAGCUGGACCUGGGCUGGCCCCUGACCUUCGGGUUCCAGGGCACUGAGGUCACAACACUAGUGCAGCCUCCGCCACCUGACAGCCCCAGCAUCAAGGAUGAGGCUCGAAGGAUGAUCCGCUCUGCCCAGCAGGUGGUGGCCGUGGUGAUGGACAUGUUCACCGAUGUGGACCUUCUCAGUGAAGUGCUGGAGGCCGCAGCGCGCCGCGUCCCGGUCUACAUUCUCCUGGACGAGAUGAACGCGCAGCACUUUCUCGACAUGGCAGACAAGUGCCGCGUCAACCUGCACCACGUGGAUUUCUUGCGCGUGCGCACUGUGGCAGGCCCCACCUACUACUGCCGCACUGGGAAGUCCUUCAAGGGCCACGUGAAGGAGAAGUUCCUCUUGGUGGAUUGUAACGUGGUGAUGAGUGGGAGCUACAGCUUCAUGUGGUCCUUCGAGAAGAUCCACCGCAGCCUGGCGCACGUGUUCCAGGGAGAGCUGGUCUCCAGCUUCGACGAGGAGUUCCGCAUCCUCUUCGCGCAGUCUGAGCCGCUGGUGCCCUCGGCCGGGGCGCUGGCCCGCAUGGACGCGUACGCCCUGGCUCCGUACGCGGGGGCCGGGCCCCUGGUGACCGGGGCGCCAACCCCUUUCUCCUUCCCCAAACGAGCGCACCUCCUUUUCCCACCGGCUCGGGAAGAGGGCCUGGGCUUCCCCUCCUUCUUGGACCCUGACCGCCACUUCCUGUCGGCCUUCCGCCGGGAGGAGCCACUGCGGAUGCCCGGGGGCGCCCUGGAGCCGCACGCGGGGCUGCGGCCCCUGUCUCGCCGGUGGGACACAGAGGCGGGGCCGGGUGCUGAGCUCGCAGGCCCGCGGGGCUUCUACCAGGCUCGGCACCUGGAGAUGGACGCCUUCAAACGGCACAGCUACGCGGCCGCGGACGGCGCGGGCGCCGUGGAGAACUUCGCGGCCGCUCGGCAGGUGUCGCGGCAGACGUUCCUCAGCCACGGCGACGACUUCCGCUUCCAGACCAGCCACUUCCACCGCGACCAGCUGUACCAGCAGCAUUACCAGUGGGACCCACAGUUUGCGUCGAUGCGCCCUCAGGGCCUGUUCGAGAAGCUGCGCGCGGGCCGCCCCGGCUUCGCAGAUCCCGAGGACUUCACCUUGGGCGCCGGGCCACGCUUCCCCGAGCUGGGCCUGGACGGGCACCAGCGGCUGGACUAUGUGCCGUCCAGUGAGUCGCGCGAGGUACGCCAUGGCUCAGACCCGGCCUUUGGGCCCGGGCCCCGCGGCCUGGAACCCAGUGGGGCCCCUCGCCCCAUCCUGGGCCAGCGCUUCCCCUGCCAGGCAGCAGCAAGGCAGGGCCCUGAGACGGGGCUGGAGGCGGAGCCUGAACGCAGGGUUGGGCCAGAGGGGCGGGCGGGGCUGAGGCACUGGCGCCUUGCCUCCUACCUGAGUGGUUGCCAUGGGGAGGACACUGGUGAGGAAGGCCUGCCAGCGCCCAUGGAGGCCGAGGCCUAUGAAGACGACGUGCUGGUUUCCGGGGGCAGGGUGGCCACGGGGGACCUGCUUCCCUCGGCCUUCCGCCUGCCUGCACCCUUCCCAGCUAAGGGCCUGGUGCCUGGUUCUGGCAGCGGUGGUGGCGAUGGCCCAGAGCGCGAGGGCCUCGAGGAGGCAGCCCUGGCCAAGCAAGACUCUUUCCGCUCGCGCCUGAACCCUUUGAUCCAGCGCAGCUCGCGGCUUCGCUCCUCACUCAUCUUUGCGUCACAGGCUGAGGGCACAGGUGGGGCCACGGCCGCCACCACGGAAAAGGUGCAGCUGCUGCACAAGGAGCAGGCAGUCAACGAGAUGCUGGGCCCUGGGGGCGAGGCCAUACGCUCUGCUGCCUCCACCAAGGUGGCUGAGCUUCUGGAGAAGUACAAGGGCCCCGCUCGUGAUCCUGGUGCCGCAGCAGCCACAGUCACUGCUGCCAGCCACAAUAAGGCUGUUGUGUCCCAGGCAUGGCGGGAGGAGGUGGCAGUGCCAGGGAAUCCGGGCACUGAGCGGCGCAGCCUUGAGAGCUGCCUGCUGGACCUCCGUGACUCCUUCACACAGCGGCUGCACCAGGAGGCUGAGCGGCAGCCGGGAGCCGCCGCCCUCACUGCCACCCAGCUGCUCGACACACUGGGCCGGGGCGGCCCUGACAGGCUGCCCUCCCGCUUCCUUUCGGCCCAGGGUCUCUCCACCUGCCCUCAAGGGCCGGACAACCCCCCAGUAGAAGUGCCCCACUCGGAGCCCAAAGGGAGCCCCACCUCAGCCUACCCUGAGCGGAAAGGGAGUCCUACCCCAGGGCUUCCCGCUCGCAGAGGCAGCCCAACCACGGGAUUUACUGAGCAGAAAGGGAGCCCCACCUCAGCCUACCCUGAGCGCAGGGGCAGCCCAGUGCCCCCCGUGCCAGAGCGCAGGGGCAGCCCAGUGCCCCCUGUGCCAGAGCGCAGGGGCAGCCUCACCCUUACCUUCUCUGGAGAGUCUCCAAAGACCGGGCCUGUGGAAGAGGCUCCUACUGGCCCCAUGGAGGUCCUCCGCAAGGGCUCCUUGCGCCUCAGGCAGUUGCUGAGUCCCAAGAGUGAGCGGCGCACAGAGGAGGAGGGCGACUUCCCAGCACCGCAGGAGAACGGGCAGCCUGAGAGCCCCCGGCGGCCAUCGCUGAGCCGGGGUGACAGUGCGGAGAUCGCCGCAGGAGAGGAGCGGGGCCCGCGGGCGCGGAUGACCUCAGCCACGGCCAAUGCCUUGUACAGCAGCAACCUGCGGGAUGACACCAAAGCCAUUCUGGAGCAGAUCAGCGCUCAUGGCCAGAAGCACCGUGGAGUUCCCUCCGCCUCCCCAGCCCACAGCAGCCCUGAGCUAGGCCGUUCCCCAGCUGCCAGUGGCCUGGCCCCCGACAUGUCCGACAAGGACAAGUGUUCAGCCAUUUUCCGCUCCGACAGUCUGGGGACACAAGGCCGGCUGAGCCGCACCCUGCCAGCCAGUGCAGAGGAGCGUGAUCGGCUGCUGCGCCGCAUGGAGAGCAUGCGCAAGGAGAAGCGUGUCUACAGCCGCUUCGAGGUCUUCUGCAAGAAGGAGGAGGCCGGUGGCCCAGGGGGAGGGGAGGGCCCAACAGAGGAGGACACCAGGGACAGCAAGGUGGGCAAGUUCAUGCCCAAGAUCCUGGGUACAUUCAAAAGCAAGAAGUGAGUCUCCUGGCCUCCCAGCCCAGGCCGGGGUCUCCGAAUCACUGCCUCCGGCCAGGCAGAGCACCUGGCCCUCAGGACACAGCAGAUUGGAACCAGGAUGAGCACAGCCAGAGCUCGGCUCCCCUUGGGGCUGCAGCCGUUUACCGCCCCAUGCCUUAUUCCCCCAGUUCCCAUCUCUUCUCGGCACCUCAGUCUCUAGGCCCCUGCCUCUCCCUUCUUAGGCAUCUGCUCCACCAUUUCUUUGGGCUUCAGGUGCUCUUUGGGCCUUCAUUCACCUCAGGGGCCCGUCUCUUUGUGCCUUAGUCCCUGGUUCUCUCGGGGCGUCAUGUCUCAGGGCUUGUGUGUCUCAGGUCUCCCUUCUGCUUGUGGCCUCCUGGCUACACUGUGUCUGUCCUCACUCUGCUGCAUCCUUGCUGUCUCCUGGCUGCCCUGUCCUCUCUCUGGGCCUCCCACUUCCCAGGGCCCACUGUCUCUGUCUCCAUCUCAGGUCGCUGGAGGCUCACUUCCUGCCCUGACCAUCUCUUGCCUCCUGACCCCAUUUUGGUGGCCCAUCCUUUUGCUGUAGGGAGGCAGGGCUGGUUUGCAGUCAGUGUGUGGGGAAGGGCAUAAGAUCCUAGAAGGGCUACCCUGCCCCCAAUACCUGAAGCCGACCUGGCUGCCCCUCCAGCCAGACUCCUGUCUAGGAUGACAGCACCAGGCCUCAGUGGUGGAUGAUGUGUGGCCCCAGCCUCAUGAAGGGUCCUCACGUGCCCUGGCAGACACGUUCACAGCCAGACUGGGUCUGGUGUGGAGUGCUUGUACCUGAACAGGUGAGGGCAGAGGACUUGGUGUGGUGGCGCCUGAGCCCCAGCCCGCUGGUCCAAGAGCUCCUGGUGUCCCAUGCGCUGGAUUUGGUCCUUGCCCUGCAGGGGCCCAACUCCACCCUGUCCUACAUCCUUUCCUGUGUCACCAAUCUACAGAGUGUCCAACAUUCCUGCUUGUCUUGUACCUGUCUCACCACAAGAGAGUAACUUUGCUUUGGAAUGACACAUUCUGGCACCGAAUGCUUAGAAAGUCUCCCCACUGUAGGUGCUAUAAUUGUGAAUGAGUGUUUGUUUCUGCUAUUUCUUUUCAAAUAGCUUUUGGUUUUUUUAAGUCUAAGAAUCCGUUACUCAGAAUGGGAAAGGAUUUAAGAAACGGGCAGAGUGAAGGCAGCAGUUCUGACUUGGGGCACACUUUCAUGCCCUGACAGCCCACAGUCUGUUUACCAAAGCCACUGCCCAGGUGGGGUGACAGCAGGGACUUUUGUCCAGGUGGCAAAGGUCACGGAGAGCAGGAUGAGCUGGAGUUUGCCAAUAAGUGUUUCCGUGUGGCCUGGUGCUUAGGGAGGGGAGUGGCGCCUUCUGGCCACCAUAGGCCAGUGGCGGGGGCCUCAGAGCCCCGUCUGCGUCCCCCACCUCUUGCUGAGUAACACAGCACCUCAAAUGUGAUUCUUAACAUUUUGGUGUUAAUAAAACACGAGCACAAAAUA